CAAUCCCUCACUUCGUGUUGCAUAUAUUGAUGAAGUUGAAGAAAGAGAAGGUGGAAAAGUACAGAAAGUUUAUUAUUCUGUAUUGGUCAAAGCUGUGGACAAUCUUGACCAAUAAAUAUAUCGAAUAAAGCUUCCAGGCCCAGCAAAGUUAGGAGAAGGAAAGCCAGAAAACAAAAAUCAUGCCAUCAUUUUUACCAGAGGGGAAGCUCUUCAGGCUAUCGACAUGAACCAGGAUAAUUAUUUGGAAGAAGCUUUGAAAAUGCGUAACCUUCUGGAAGAAUUUAAUGAGGAUCAUUGAGUGUGCUCACCCACCAUAUUAGGCGGUCGUGAGCAUAUUUUCACUGGAAGGUUAUGAAUAUUUUCACUAUAUAAUGCGCACGGGAGAUAGUUGGUUCCAAAAUCCAAAUAUUGGGUUGACAAAUUGGUGAGUUAGAAAUAGACAAGAAGAGAAGAGGAAAACGGACUUCGGUUGAAUUGCCAUGCACUGAUCUCGCUCUCUAGCUUCUCUCACUCUCACUCCGGAAUCGGUGUUCUUCCACUCGUUCGUUCUCACACUCACCUAUGUCUUCAUUUCGAUCCUAAUUCCCCUUUCUUUCCGAUCCAAGAUUUUGAUUCUUUAAUUUCCCACGUUACCGUCAAUCUCAAGUGCAUUAUUAUAUAUAUCUUUGGAUGGUUUUGGUUGCGUGGCAUCAGGCAGUUUAAGACAUUGUUACUACAGUGAUUGGAGAGGAUUAAGGCUGCUGUUUCUGCGCUUUGGAAUACUCGUGGCUUGAACUGGCCUUAUUCAUUUGAGCAACAGAGGCAGAAAACUGGAGAUUUAGACAUGCUUGAUUGGCUUAGAGCCAUGUUUGGCUUUCAGAGGGACAACGUCAGGAAUCAGAGAGAGCAUCUGAUUUUGCUUCUUGCUAAUUCUCAUAUAAGGCUACACCCUAAACCCAAGCCUUUCAACCUGCUCGAUGAUUGGGCUGUUGAUUCAGUGAUGAAAAAUCUCUUCAAGAAUUACAAAUCAUGGUGCAAAUGCUUGGGACGAAAACAUAGUUUACGGGGAAGCAUCCAAUGUUCGUUUCAUGCCAGAGUGUCUAUGCUACAUAUUUCACAAUAUCAGCACUUCAUGGCUACUACAGACCCUGAGAACAAAUCACCAACUCUGCCGCUGCCUCCAGCCGAAGUGGAUUACUCUAAAGUUGAUGUGAUCCUAAGAUUUCUGUUGCUGGCAGCAUCGGUGGUGGCGCUUGCAGUGAUUGUCUCCAGUGAUCAAACAGAGCAAGUGCUCUUCCAAGAUGUGCUUCUACCGCAGCCAGCCAAGUUCAAAUACUCACCAGCUUUUGUAUAUUUUGUGGCUGCAUUCAGUGUUUCUGGCCUUUAUGCUCUUGUUUCUGCUCUUGCAUCUAUCUCUGUCAUCCAGAAGCCAGGAUUCAAACUGAAGUUCCUCCUCCACUUUAUCUUCUGGGAUGCACUGAUAUUGGGGAUAACAGCCUCAGCAACAGGAGCAGCAGGAAGUGUGGCAUAUAUUGGUUUAAAGGGCAACAGCCAUGUGGGUUGGAUUAAAGUUUGCAACAUCUACGACAAGUUCUGUAGGCAUCUAGCUGGCUCCAUAGCAGUGGCUUUGUUUGGCAGCAUUGUGACUGUCCUUCUCAUCUGGCUUUCAGCUUUCACCAUUCACAGUCGAGUUCCCAAAUAGAUGGAAGGAAUAUGGACCAUUCAGCAUACAUAUGCACUCAAAUCCAGAUUCACAUUGUUCACAAAAUCAGUCAAGUUAAUGUUCAUAUAUUGACAUGGAUACCUUUUGUUGUUGUGAGUGUUUCUUCAAAGGUGUUGAUUAUGUGUAAUGAAGUAUGUUAACUACACUCUGUAUGAACAUUCUUUCCAACAGUCUUUGUUAUUGAAUGAAAUUCAUGAGUCUUACUAAAUGAUGUAGGUCCAUUCCUUAUUUAGUGAGUUUCAUAUGAAUUUCACCAAAUAAUAAAGAAUAUAUUGUUGAAAAGUUUGUGUCAAGUAAUGUGAUACUAGCAUUUGUUAUGUGUAAACUAUAUCCUCCAUAGAUCCCAGUUGUAAUUUGCAUUCUGUUUGUGCUAAAAAUGAUUUGUAAUGA